AUGAGUGAGAAACUUUUCAACCAGAUUAGCACUAUUGUGGAAUUGAGGCAGCAGGGGAAAUCAAUUGCUGUAACCGAACCGUCUUUGUAUUAUCAGGCUGUCAGGCGCUUCAUAAUGAAAUUUGAGGGCACGACUUCUUCGAAGAAGUCAUACGUACCGCGUGCCCUCCGUGUCCACAACGACGAAAUACUCCGUGAAAUUGAGAGGUGCUAUCAGAACAAUAGUUCUGCAACAGCACAAGACGUUGUGAAACGCCUGAAGACACGCGGCAUCACUGUCAGCCUUACACACAUCAAGAGGCUCCGGCAGAAAGUUGGAUACAAAGAACCACCACAUAGUACUGCCACACUAUAA